AUGUCUCAUCAUUCACACAGCACGAAUAGUGGGACUCGUCAAGUGCGAAUCCCGUUUGAGUUAUCUGAUCAAACACUGCUUCACAACCAAUGCUAUGUCGAUGGUCAAUGGUGCUCUUCACUUUCAGGCAAUUUUUUUACCAUCGAAGACCCCGGUUCAGGCACGAAGUGGGCUACAUGUCCCGAUUGCAUUCCAGAAGACGUCGAUAACGUGGUGCAAAAAGCACAUGUAGCCUUUCAACUGUAUUCCCGAACAAACCCUAGAAAGCGCGCUCAACUUCUUUCCACAUGGCAUCAACUUAUUCUCUCCGCAAGAGACGAUUUGGCCAAGAUCCUGGUUUACGAAACUGGUAAACCUCUUACCGAGGCAUUCGGGGAGAUAGACUAUGGUGCUAGCUUCACGUGGUGGUUUGCCGGAGAGGCAGAUAGGAUCCGAGGGUCUACAUUAGUGAGUGCUGCGGAUAAUCGACGAACAGUUACCAUCAAACAGCCUAUAGGCGUUGCUGCAGCACUGGUGCCAUGGAAUUUCCCAAUAGCACUCGUGCUACGAAAAGUCAGUGCGGCUUUGGCUGCAGGGUGCACAAUCGUGGUGAAGCCAUCUCCAGAGACCCCGAUGACAGCAUUGUGUCUUGCCGAUCUCGCCACGAGGGCUGGCUUUCCCAAGGGGGCGUUUAACGUUUUGACGACCAGUCUUGAGAACACUCCCGCGGUUGCGCAAUCUUUGUGUACUCACCCCUUAGUGAAGAAAGUGACCUUUACGGGCAGUACUCGUGUUGGCAAAAUCAUCGCUCGUCUUUGUGCUGAUUAUCUGAAAAAGUCUACUUGCGAGCUUGGGGGAAACUGCCCCUUGAUCUGCUUCGCCGAUGCAGACUUGGACCUUGCUAUCGAUCAACUGUUUGCGCUCAAGUGGAGACAUGCUGGACAAGCAUGCGUCACGGCAAAUCGAGUGUAUGUCGAGCGCGCUAUCUAUCAAGACUUUAUAGAACGAAUUAUCAAACAGACGAAGACACUCGUGGUUGGUCAUGGGCUAGAUCCCAAUACUACCAUGGGACCUGUUACUGUUGAACGUGGUUUGGAUCGCUUGGAAGAUUUGGUCGCAGACGCAGUGGGAAAAGGUGCUAAAAUUGUUCUUGGUACUGGUACGAGAUGCCACAAGGACAAUAUCAAAGACCUGACGAAAGGGUUUUUCAUGAAGCCUACCAUCCUAGUCGAUAUGACCGACGAAAUGAUAAUGACCCAUGAAGAGGUCUUCGGUCCAGUUCUUGGAAUUUACCUAUUUGAGACGGAGCAAGAGAUUACAGAUCGGGCAAACGCCACUCCGUAUGGUCUUGCAAGCUACGUUUUUACGGAGAACACCCACCGCAUCUGGCGGAUGAUGGAGAAUCUGGAAGCUGGGAUGAUUGGACUCAACGUGGGAAACAGUUCUGCUGCUGAAGCACCUUUCGGCGGAAUGAAGGAUAGUGGAUGGGGAAAGGAGAGCGGUAAAGAUGUUGCUAUUGACGAAUAUCUCGUCAGCAAGACUUGCACAAUGAUGGUUAAGGACCAUUACUAA